CGAGCGCGACCGCGUGCGUACCGCGCCACACAUCAACAACAUUGUAAUGUGCUUACAAAAGAAUCAGCUCAGCAAACAAACUAAAUUCAAAAAACUGUUAACAAUUCAAAACCCUUACUAAAAUGUAAAGGUAAUUUUGAAUCUCCACCCAAUUAAACUACUUUCUUUCAUUACAACUCCAAAAGUUAAUCUCAAGUUACAUUGACAUAGUGUAUUUUUAGGAAUUUUAAUUAAAAACCGGUAAAUCUGUGUUGUGAUUUGUUGUGUGCAGCUCUAAAACGGUUGUUCUAUAUCCAGUUGUUAUCGAUUUUUGGCGUCACUAGCCCCGAACAGCUGUUUUGGGGAUACGGAAGCGAAUCAUUGUCUGUGGUAGCUGCACUUUUCUCAAAAAGCCACUUUUAAUUGAAUAUUAUUAUUGUUUUAGUUCAUUUAUUACAUUUAAACGAAAAAUAAUCCCGUACCGUAAAGCUAAAAACUAGAAUAUCAUGGUGUGCAACUGUGCAUGUGCAUGAUGAAUUAAGUGGAAUAAAAAAAUCAAAAUACAUUUUGACAACCGUGGCAGUGUGGUGUUUACAGUUGUGAUAACAUUGAAAAAAAAACACAAAUUAAAAAAAAUAAGUGUCAACAAGUGCUUUCAAGGUGUGCCAGUGUUUUUGAUCAAAAUUCAGUGUAAAACAGUGUUUACCGAUUUGGAUUUCAAACGUGGAUGUGGAUUGUGCCCUGACAACAAGGUGGUGAAGUGUAUCGCCCGGAGCUAUGCUGGGCGGGGCGGCGGGGGGCGCCCGCACCCGCCCGCCCUCUGAUCUGCAGCCAGGUGUAUCCAGGUUUCCGCUGUACUCGCUGUUUCCGCAGGGCAACCGACCCACGCUACACAAAGUGACCACCGAGAGUCUGUUCUCGACGUCGCUGUCCACAUUCGGCGUGCCCACGCCCCCUCCCAACUCCCCCCUACUGGAGCUGAACUCGAGGUUGUUGCUGGACAAGGACCCGAAUAAAAUGGAAGAGAGCAAACUCGCCAAAUGUAUUCCCGACAACCUCUGCUGCCCUGGUGACCAGCGGCAACUUCUAGAAGGAAUAAGCGUCAUGCAGCCUUUGACUAUAAAGACGGAACAAGCCAAGAGGGCUUGUAAUACGUGCCUCACUAAUUCUCCGAAAAAGAUCGUCCACGCGGACGGCGGUUGCAGCCGCACAAACCCCGUCACCUGGCUGGGGGUUGCCGGUCAAAACGUGCAAGUGCAAGUGAAGCGGGAACCGCAACACAUGCUGUCUGAACUGGUGGCUGUCAAGCUGGAGCAAGCUUCGCCUGGGACGAAACCAGAGCCAGCCAUACCUGCGUCGCUCAAUAAUGGUUCGAUUCCCGUUGGCAUCGCGGUGGCGCGGCAGCGAGUGGGUGACGCAGGACUACUGGCGGCCCUUUCACAGAAGGACGCGCAGCAACGCUUGCACGACCUGGGGCCGGCGUCAUUCUGUCAUCCGGACGGCGCGGCGGCCAUGACGGUGCUGUGCGACGACCGCCCCGCCCCGCUGGCGUGGCCGGCCCCGCCCGCGCCGCCGCCCGCCCCGCUGUGGCAGUACCCCGCCCAAAUGUCGAUGGAGAGCAUGGUGAUGGGCGGCGUGGGCGUGGGUGGCGUGGGCUCCGUGGGCGGCGGCGUCUCCUCCAUGGGCGGCUUCCAGCUCGUGCGGGAGCCCGCCUCCGGAGCCCUGCUGCUGCUGCCGGCUCCUCCAGACCUCCCGCACACCGUCGUGUGGGGCGGCGUGCCCUACCCCUCCGCUCCUCUGCUCCUCCCCCCCGCGCCGCACCCCUCGCACCACCUGCAGCUCCUCUCCGGAGACCUCCUCGCUUCCACCGCGACUCUGCAGCACACACACACGCACUCCACGAGACUCGUCACCCUAGCGCCGGCCCCCGCCCCUCAGCACAAACCCGACAACAGGAAACCUAUCAUGCAACCUCUCAUAACCCCACACGCUUUAAUAAAGAUAGAAGCCGAACCGCAGGAGAAACCACCACCGACUUUCGCGCCGGAACCUGUACCGCAACCGAUGCUAGCUACACAUCUGUAUUACCAACCGGACUUCACUGAACAGGCCUGCAGAAGCCAGGCGACGUCGCCGGCCGCACCGCCCACACCACCUCCUGAUAACCAUGAGGCCCCGGCUCAUAAGGAUGCUUCCAAUCAGACGGAUCAUAUCGAUGAUGAUGACGAUUCUCCGAAUCAUGCUGAUGAGGAUGAGAGGGAUGUCGCUUGCGUCGGUGUCGCACAUUUCCCUGAAGAAACGCCUUUACAUAUGCCUAUGCUUCAGCCUUCGAGGAUAGACAGUGCCGAGGAGUCUUCUUCGGAAGGAUUGGCUACUUCUGCUGUUGUUGGAGCGGUAGAGAAAGCGAUACAUGCUAUAGAAAGAGAUGAAGCGUUAGAAAAUAGCUCAAGCAGCAGCACUUCUAACGAUUUAGUAAUUGAUACGGCUAGCACAUCGCCCGUUCCACCGCAACCGACCAGGUCUGUGGUGGAUGUCAGUGGCUUGGAGUUGCUGUCGAAUAGCAUUGAACAGUUUGAGAGAACAACCCCGGCCAGUAUGCCAAGUCUCGACCCGGUGCCUUUGACAGUUGAUACUAGGACUACAACAAACAUAAUUAUUAAAUCGAGCCCCAAAUCGCCGCCGCGUACAGAUACGGAACCACAGAGGCGUUUCGAGUUCCCUCCGGCGGAAGCCAGCACGAGCGAGCGAGCCAAGCCGUCGUUAGACGGACUCGGUCUUCUAUGUGCUCUCGCGGAGCAAAGAUUCAUGGAGGAGGUCGAGAGUCCUCCCACUAAUCUGUCCACGUCUUCCCGUCCAUUCAUCAAAAGCGAGAUUUUAAGCCCCACGGAACCUCACGUGCCGAUCGAUUCCAAGAAAGACCGGAACCGAAGAGAUUCUUCAGCGGAACGGCGGAGGAAACGAAGCCACGAUCGCGAAGAGCGACAUCGCCACAAGAUAGAUAAGAUGCGGCGCUAUAAAAGGGAGAAAGAUGAGCCCAGGAGUAGUGGAGGAGAGUUAGAAGCGAGUUUACGACGCGUCACGGCCUGCCCGUGCGGCAGCUUGCCCUGCCCGCACACAGCGCCCGUGCCCUCGGCGCACGCUCUCGUCAACGCCAUGGAGAAAGACCUGCGCGAAAGAUUACAUGAUCUCCAACGUCAGUGUGACGAGAAGCGAGCACAACUCAGCGCCAUGACACCUCCCUUGCCCGCCCUACCCGCUCUAUCCACCCCUCCUACUCCUUCGACCCCAUCACCUUUAGGAGCACCAUCCCCAGAUUCCGACAGAGGUUCAUCUAAGAAGCGCAAAGUCGGCCGCCCCCGUAAAGUAUCGAGCCCGGACUCCACCGAAACCAUAGUUGCCAAGAAACCCAAAUCUAAGAGCAGUCUAGUCGGCUACUUGCUAGCUAAAGGCAAGCUGAAAGGCGGCAUAGUGUGUUCUAGAGGGGAGCCUUCCAGGGAGGAAAGCCGGACGAGUAAAGUCCGCCCGAAGUUGAAAGCAGAACCGAUUUUGAAAGUAUACUCCGAGGAGGAAGAGACCGAAUGGGGUCUGAAUAGAUCGGCGAGCUCAUCCAUGGAGAGCUUGAACGAAGUGCGGCAGAAGAACAGGGAGAAGGUCGAUAGAUUGGCGCGAAAGCAUUCAAGAGACGAUAUGCCUGAAUUAGAAUUCGCUAUGCGUCGCGCGAGUGCGUCUAGUGACAGUGAAAAGGAGCGACGACGUGCGAAGAAGCGACGAAAGAGUUUGAAAUCUAAAGAGCGGGAGGAAGCUAAAGAUACUGUAGUUGAGAGUAAACCUGCUGCCGCGUCCAAGUGUACGUUGACGGAAGAUAAACUGGACAGUAACCCGCGGGUGUUGACGGCGAUGGGGGGUUUGUUCUACGCGGGCAAGCUGAGCGCCGUGACGGCUCCUGAUGUGUACGCCAUUACCCUCGACGGCGAGCGCGGGAACAAGCCGCACAUACUGUCGAGAGAGGAGACUCUGCGGGACGCUAUCCUGGAAGUGUCUCCAUCAUCAGUAUCCGAGCUGGCGUCGGGCACGCGAGUCUGCGCCUACUGGUCCCAGCAAUACCGCUGCUUGUACCCGGGCACGGUCGCCAUGUCGUCUCCGGACCCUAAGUUCGUGGCUGUGGAGUUUGAUGAUGGGGACUCGGGGCGUAUUGCUAUUGAAGAUAUAAGGUUCUUGGAGCCUAACUAUCCAGUUGUUGUAUACGAAAACCCACUAUUCACCCUAGGAAAGCGAAGAAGAAACACCAGCGUGAAUAGCACAGAAGAUAAAAAACCCACCACUAGCGCAGAAACCAAACCAGAACAAACACAAGAAGAGGAAGACAGGAUCAGAAAGAAACUGAAGAAACACAGGAAGGAGAAACUCAAACGCCUGUCAGAAGAUGAUCCUACUGAUUAACACAAGUGCUGUGAAGAACACUGCAAGCAUAGAAGGCACCAUAAGAAGCACCAUAGGAAACAUAGAAAGAGGCAUCAUUCUGACAGUAAAGAGAGUUCGUCUGAUGAGAAUAAGAAAUCGUCGUCAGACUAUUCGAAAUCUAACGAGGAUUCAGGGGAUUCUAAUGACAGGUUGUCAACAUUGAUAGCGAUGGAGAAAUCCCCGGAUGAUAAGAUGAAGACGGUGAUCAAGAAGGCAGUGCUGGCGAAGAGUCCGCUGGUGAAGACGGCGGUGCUGGACUUCAGCGGCCUGAAGAACAAGGACGAGAGGGACAACUUGAAGGACAGCGGGAUCGGGCUGGAGGAGGAGCCGGCGGCUUCCACUAGCGACGUGGCUAAGAAGAAGAGCAAGAAGCGCACAGUGUCGGGCGCGUCUUGCGGCUCCGACGCUGGCGCCGGCGCCGGCGCGCAGGUCAGCAAGAUGGCCGCCUUCCUCCCGGGAGCCGCGCUGUGGCGCUGGCGCGGCGCGCCCUACCGCCGCACCGCCCGGCCCCGGCACAGGAAGCUGUUCUACAGGGCUAUAGCACGAGGAGAGGAGGUACUUAACGUGGGCGAAGCGGCAGUAUUCCUGUCCACAGGCAGACCGGACCGUCCAUACAUCGGGCGUAUCGAAGCUCUGUGGGAGGCGCGCGGAGCCAUGGCUGUCCGAGUGAGGUGGUUCUACCAUCCUGAGGAAACCACUGGCUGCCAACCUUUGCACUACCCGGGAGGCCUCUUCGAGUCCCCUCACACGGACGAGAAUGACGUGCAGACAAUCUCGCACAAGUGCGAGGUGCUGCCGCUCGCGCAGUACAAGGCGCGCAUGCGCGACGACCCCGCGCGCUACGGCAGCGUGUAUGAUAAUAACGACGUGUACUACCUAGCUGGACAUUAUGAUCCGACGCAGCAGACGCUCAGCAUGGAGGCCGAUAUACCGGUGAAGAGCGCCUAGGUCCUAUGGUGUCCUGGUAUCUAGAGUAAAAUUAGCUGGAGUGCAAAAGACAAAGCAGGAAGAACAAUGCACGUCUUAGCAUUUUAAUAAAGUAGGAUGUCUCUCUAGAUAUGAUUUAGACGCAGCAGACAUAAUAAGUGGCGUCAAAAACUAGGUGACUUAACUAUCAUGUCGAUUAUCUUACAAUAUUCUCAACUAACCCAUUUUAAAAAGUUUGCGCAUUUACGACGUCUACACAAAGUCGCACAAGUGCACGGUUCUCGCAUACUACAAGACUCGCAUGGGCGAAUAAGUGGUUGUUACAAAGAUACUAACGAAACGAAAAUGUGGUACAAUAGUUCCAAUUUGUUGGCUGGCAUCAGCCCUCCCUAAUAAGAACAGUCAAUUUUAGGGGCAUAACACUUGGCCGUUUUGACAAUUUCGCUGAGAUUUCAUAAUUUUGAAAAUGAUGCGGUAGUCGUAUAUUUACUAAUAUUCUUUUUUGUUAAUUUUCCAUGAGUAGUUUGUAGGAUAAUCGACUAUUACUUAUUAAAAAUACUUAAACACGAUGUCUAUCAUCAUUAGCGACCUUGAGCGUAACGUAUUCUGAACGAAUACGAAAGCGAAUGCCAGUUCAUUGACCUUUCGCUUCGUUCGCGCUAUUCGGACGUCAAGAACGCUUUACUCCUAAGCGGCGAUGUUCUCCUGGUACCGACGCCAACCGAAUAACGGUUCAAAACCAGUGAACGAGGUCAAAUAGAAACAAUGACUCUCUGGCGACUAUGUUGCCUUGGUGACGGUUUUAAUAAAAAUGAUGGCGAAAGUAAAAAAGUGCGAUGGCACAAUCUUGAUCAUUAAAUUAAACAAUCAAUCAUUAUUUUAAUUAAACGGGAUUCUUGGCAAAAUCCUGAUGUUUUUUUGUGUUGAUUAUGACUUUUUUAUUCAGAAAACAAUCCCGAUUAAUUAAAAUAUGUAAAUGUGUAAGAAUUACACUAUUAUUAAUAAAUUAUAAUCAUGAUCAGUGUUUAGAUUUAAUUUCUCCGACGUCACAUUUGUGUUAGCGGUGGUAGUUUUUAAAAAUGGAAGUACACAUUUUGUCUAUCUCGAUGUUAGUCGGUUUCAGUAGCUCCCCAGUGAACUCCUGAGACGUUGCACGUAGCUUGAAUGACUAAAAAGUCACUUAUACAGGUCUUAAAGUACAAUCUAGAUUUUUGAGGCUCAAAUUUGUGACAUUUUUUCAGAUUUACCGUCGUCUUUGAAGACGAUCUAUAUAAAGUACGACUCAUGUUAGUUACCCUUGUUACGUUUAUAAUAGUGGUUUUCAAUACGGAGUGUUUUCCUUGGGCCGAGUGUGAGAGGCAAAUUGAGACAAUAUAGACUUUUUGACGUGUUAUGGUCGAAAUUGGAGUGACCGAUUUGGUGAUGACGAUAUGUGAUUUAUUUUUUAUACGUGUAACGCUGUAAUCUCAGUGUUUAGGUAGUUGUAUAUGUAUAUGCUAUUAGACUUUACCUAUAUCUCUCCCGGCGUGUAUCUUUUUAAAUGCAAUACUUUUUCAGCUAGUCCUUUUGUUCAAAAUUAACCAGUGUCUAUUUAGUCUCGGUGGGAGGUACUUUGACUCUUUGUUAUAUUGUUUUUCGCUAUUUUAUAUUCUUGUUUAAUAAUUUUAUGUUAUCGAAGUAUACAUUUAUAUCGGAAUGGUGCUAGACGCUUGAUAUAAUUCGGUUAUGUUCGCGGUAGUUAAGACUGUAUAUACUUAGAUAAGUUUGAAACUUAAGUAUACUGUAUUUUCCACAAUUUCAUGAUUGUCGGCUUGCUAUAAAAUUUGCCAUUUUUGUCAAAAUUGACUUUCUAUAUUUUUAUGUAUUUGUAGUAUUUAUGGUAUGAUUUCCACAGGGUAAGCCCUUCUUUGUACCUUUAUCAUAUCGAGGACGGUGGAAGGGACUGAGACAGGGGAGUAUGGAGCGACCAGGAUAGGUAGGUAGGUUUUGUACGGAGAGGCCAAACGUUUGUAAGAAAAUGUGGGAAAGGAAUCAGCCUUAAAUGUAAAGUUACUCAGUAGGAUCGUAGUUAUUGUCCUCUACUUACGGCACAGCGCCUGUACGAUGUACUUUUUGUUGUCAGAUGUACUUUAAUUUUUAAGUCUAUUUUUAAGUUAUAUUAAGGAAAUCGGUUUCGUUUAUACUGUAUACAAAAUUAUAUAAAGGAUAAUUGCAACUCUAAAAUUUGAC